AUGCCUCCCUCCAAGGCUGCCGACGGCCGACGCAAAUCGGCGACCAAACACGGCUUGCUCGUCACCCUCAGCGUGUCGCCGGCUUUGCUACGCGACCUCUUUCCCUCGGUGUCUAUUGACGAGGAGACUCAAUCCCCAGACUCCAAAAGCUCAAAGGAGAACUCGGAAAUUAAAGAGUCGCCGGCCAGCCCAAGCGCGCUGGUUGUGUCUACGGCGGCCUCGAAUGUCGACAACGCAUCCGACUCAAAUGCCGCUACGCCGGCCGCUGAAACCACACCUGCUCCAACGCCAAUGGGACCCCCCGAUGGAACGAAGAAGAAGGGAGUCAAGCGAUCUGCGGCGGCUGCAAAUGGCACCAUAGACGGCAUUCCCAAGCCCAGAGGCAAGCCGGGCCCAAAGAAGAAACCCCGAUUGGAGGAUGGCACCAUCGACCACAGCAGUGCGGCGGCUCGCCCGUCUGCCCAUAAGCUUGGUCCCAAGGCAAACCAAGGAGCCAUCAACGCGGGCCUUCGAGCCCUCGACCGGUCUGGCAAGCCUUGCCGGAAGUGGGCCAGGGGCGGCUUCAAACUAAAGAGUUUUACAGGAGUUGCCUGGGAAAUCCCACGAUGGACUGCGCCUCCGCGAACCAAUCCCGGAUCCAGCGCCGAAGACUCUGCUGCCCCGUCGGCUGAAGGUAGCAACAAGGAGAACAAAGAGGAAACCGGAAACGAAGGCAACAGUGUUGCCAACAGCAACAGCGGUCCUGACGUCGAGAUGCAAAGCGCGCCUAGCAUCCAAGACUCGUCGCCAGCGCCCAUUGCUGUGGCGGCAGCAUCAUAA